CUACCACUAUUAUCAAUAGAUGAAUUAUGAAAUUAAACGGAUAUAUGUGGCCGUGUGUCACAAAAGAAAGAGAAAAAGAGAAAGAGGGAGAAAGAAAAAUAGAGAACGCGUGCGCAACCCUCUAACACGUGCCGAAGGAAUGAGCUUUACUAUGAUUAUUUUUCAAGAGGUUGCAGUAGCACACGCGCUUUCACAUCCAAAAGGUGAUAUCGGUUGUUCUUUCUCGUUAUUUUGUCUCUUAUUUGUAUCUUAAAAAUGUAAAGAUUAAAUUCUAAGGAAGAGUACGGAAGAAGUUUUGCAAAAGGAAAAAAUUCAUUAUAAAAUUUGAUAUAUAAAAAAAGAAGUACAGUUGGAUAUCAUGGUGACCAGAGAGUCAACAGAUCGUAGCAUUGGAAAGAUCUAAUUAAAAUAAGAAUAAAAAUGAGUAAGGACGGUAGCAGUGGAGAAUCAGGCGCCCAAGAUUCCGGUGAUAAUGCGGGGGAUGUAAAAGAUGUUAAUGCAAGCAUUUACGAAAACAAAGGACCAAAAAAAAUAGUGCGUAUUAUAACGGUACUGGCAUACAUGUUCUCAGUAAGUUUUGUUGCGAUCGUAUUAAGCGCUUACUACGUAUUCCUUUGGGAACCACCUAAUCCACGACUCAUGCACAGUCCAGCUAUUCGUUUACAAGCUGAUCCUCGAUUAGAUUUCCUUAGAAUCGAAUCACCACCUGAACAAUAUUUGAAUACAAUCUCAGAACAUUUAUCGUCGAAGAAAAAUAAUUCUAACGAAAUAAUUCAAGAACACGUGGAAGAAAGUACCCUCAGUAACAAUGAUCUUGAAGAAUUUAUAACUACCUUGAAAACUACCCUGGCAGAAGAACUGAUUAAUGAAAAAAAUAACGACAACGAUUCUUCUUCUUCUUCUAUACAAGAAUAUCUCGUCAAACAUAAUCGAAAUAAUGCAGAUGACAAUUUAAAGGAAAAUAAAAAAAUCAAUUCACUAUGGAAAAAUCUUCGUCAAAUUUAUAAUUUAAAACAGACUAUAGUACUCGAUCGAGAAGGAGAAAGAAAGGACGAAAUGAAUGAAACAAUUUUCAUGAAUAAAAUUAUGUAUAACAACUUGAUAGAAGAGAUUGAACGAAAAAAUGAAGAAGAAGAAAAUAAAGAGUCAGAGAUUGUCGAGAUUAAAGGACAUUUGCUAAAUCAAAUUCACGUUAUUUAA